AUGGUGGAUAGUGACGAACAGACGCGCUUGGGCGACACGCAGUCUUUGGGCCCAGUGGGCACUCAGAAAUCGUUAUCGGACAGUGUUUCAGUGAAGGAGUGUCUCCUCUCGCGUAUUAAGGAUGGGUUCGCUUCCAGCGCCUAUUGGGGAGCUACUGGGGAGGUGCCGCCUCGCGAGCCAGACGAUGUUGCCCGAAAGAAACCUCACACCUUUGAAAUGGAGAUUAGCAAGAAACUCGUUCCCUUUCCAGAAGAGAAGACCAGCCUGCCGCGGACACUAGACUACACACACGUUGGAUUUCACCGCCUAAAAGGAGAUGGGUCAGAGGUGAAGCCUCAGCUUAAUGCCGCCCAGCUGAGGCAUUUGGGCGGCAGCGGUGCCCUCACGGCAAAGGGCUCCGGCAGCGAAACGAAACCACGUUUGAUGGAGACAACAACAACGCAAAAUCGGACCAUUGGAAACGGCACAUUUGAUCCUGAAGUGAUUGAUGCCCUUUCGAAAGGGAUGGACAUGGAUACCUUUUUGAAAGAGCGCGACCGUUUGAAAAAUAUGCCACUAGAAGGUCCGGCGCCUGAUUGCUACCGUCCCACCUCGUGGGAUUACUGUGACAUGAGUGGCAUUGAUCGUUCUUCGUACUGGGUGAUGCAAAAGGAUCCGAAUGCACCAGACAGUGAUGGCUUGUUACCCGUGUACAAGAGCCGCUACAAUUUGGUAGAAAAGGAGGGCCCUGUUCGACGCGGAGAGACAACAAAGAUGCUUGAGCGGGGAAACAAUGUAGACAAGGGUUUAUUAAAAGAUACCAUGAAUGGUAUGAACACGAAAGGGUUACCAGAGGGGUAUCAGCCUUGGUCAGCACAAGAAUGGAUGAGUACGACGCACGACUGCCACGCCCCGUAUGAUGUCGCCAGAGCGGCUGCAACAAACGCACGUUUUGCAACUGCCCCACUUCCUCGCACGUAUCAUGAUUUGACACCGGCACACGAGCAAACCGUUUUGUCACUGUCCCAGAGGUACAUGAUGCGACACGCGCGUAAUUGGGCUACAGAGUACUCUGACUCUUACAUGGAUCGCCUACACCAAGCUGAGGUGAACAAGGAUCAUAGUAAACGAAGCAUUUUUGACCUUCAAAAUGGCAUUUACACCAUGCACCACUCUGCCCAUCACCCACGUGAUGAUACAGCCACUGGGGAAAUGUACACACCGAGCCAAGUGGUUCCUGGACAACACACAACAAUGAGUGAGCAACCAUUUCACGCACGUAACGCGUUGAGACGGAAUGAAACUAGUUCCUGA